AACAGCAACCGUUAUAAAGAUGCUGAUUUGCCUAUGGUUGGUAGGAAUAAUUCCAGUUGUUCUUUACGUUUUGAACGUUUCAUAUGCACAAGCAGUGGUUUUGAUUGGAUAUUUCCUUAUUCCUCUCAUUAUUAUAAUGACAUCGUACAUAAUAUUGAUGAUAUCUGCCAAAUUAUCGUGGAAAAAGAUGGAGGAGUAUAGAGCACAACAAACUACCAAGGUAAAAAAUUUGCUUAAUUGACCCCUUCAAAAAUGACGAGUGACGACGCCACCUUAAAUCGUAUAAAUUUUUGCGGAAAGUGUAACCUGCGACCAGGCGUUCUUGAACUAUAAUAACAUGCGGACUACCUCUCUCAUAUGAGAAUCAUAAAAUUGUUUAUGUAGUAUAUCGAAACAAUUUAUAGAUCCUCCAAUCAAAGAAACUUAGUCUUAGAUCUGCAGUCAGAAACUUAGUCUUAGAUCUGCAGUCAGAAACUUAGUCUUAGAUCUGCAGUCAGAAACUUGGUCUGAGAUGAUUUACUACUAUACAGUCCGUAGAUAUAUUUAUUUAUAACAAUUUUCAUAUUGUGUCAAUAUGUUUUAUGUUAUUAAAUUAAAUUGUUAAAAAUUGUUAAGAUUAUUAGAACAACGUAAGGUAAGGUGCUAUUUCUGUAGUCUAAAUUGAAUCCUCUGACCUUGUACAAGUGGUUCUUGCAAGAUAUAAGCCAGAAACUUUCCUUCUGAGGUGGAAACUCCAGAAAACGACGAGUUUCCUUUAAAGCGGGGAAUUUGAUUUUGUCUUUAGGAUAGAAAACGUCGACUAACAUACUGAGCAAGUCAACAAAAAAAUAACGAGCAAUAUAUACGCGUAUAAAUGUACAUAAACGCUGACACAAAACUAGUAAGAAAGUUGAAAAUAUCGCACCAAAAUAUAUAACUUUCUAUAUACCAUUUUCCAGACCUAAGGCCCCAAAAUCUACAUCCCAUUUUAUAUAUUCACCUAGCCGGAAUGCCAUUUUCACUUGGUGGCCUGUAUACAGCUAUUUCAGUUAAGGUUGUCCCCCAGCAAAGUGGAAAAGUCGAAUACGAGCGCGAAAGUCUUGCUGGGAAUCGCUAAAAAAUUAAGGAUUUUUUUAGCGAUUCCCAGCAAGCCUUUCGCGCUAUCUCGUAUUCGACUUUUCCGCUUUGCUCGGGGACAACCUUAAUUGAAAUAGCUGUAUAUAGGGUGAUGUGAUAAUAUUGCGAUUUUACUCUAUUGUCUUUUACUCUAGGUGUAGUGCAAAGUAGAAGGAUGUUGUAAAAUGAAUUGCCGAUCGAAAACUAUAUAUACAUAACCUAACCGGGAGCAGUUACGAAAAGUGCCUUUCCCGGCACCCCUUCGGCAGGAACAGUGGCAGAAAUCUUGGUGGGGCGGGGGGCGACCGCGCCCCCCCCCCUCCUUCACGGAAAAUGACGAAUUUUCGGACAUUUUUACCUAAAAGAGGGCUAAAAACAGCCUUUUCGAGUGCAAAUGGAGGGGGGGGGGGUUGUCGGAAAUUUGAAAGUUUCGUCGGAAAUUUAGGAGGCUUUGCCCCCACUGGAAAAAGUGAAUUUCCGCCACUGUGCAGGAAUCGAAAUGCGGGCCCUGAGAACUCGGUACAGCACUGAGCUGAGCCCAGUUGCUAAAAAGACUUUGCAAAGUUUCAACUAUUUCGUUUACUUACGGACAGUGAUCAAUGAUUUGUCCUUUUGGUCAGUUCAUGAUAGUUUAAAGCUGUUAUACGUAUAUACUUAAGAUACAAAUUAUCCAACCUCGUUCGUACCCAGGGCAUAUUUCACUCGGUCAGUAAACAUUAACGUUAUCUUUUAAAACGUAUAUAUUUUUGUCGUUCCAGGAUUUUAGAUUGGCAAAAACGCUUUGCAUUGUGGUUGUACUUUUCAUAAUAACAUGGACACCAUUCUUCAUCGUGCUCGUAAUAUCCGUCUAUCCUGAACAUUUUACACUGAAUUUAACUACAGGACAGAUGAUAUACUUUGCUUAUUUCGUCAAGUUUUCACAGUAUGCUUCAUCGGCUUGUAAUCCUUUUAUUUAUGCUUUUCGUCAACGAGAGUUUACGGCACAUGCACAAUAUCUUUGCGGAAGGUCAACCAAUCAUCAAAGACGAUUGAAUCGCAGUCUUGUCUGCGAAGCCGAAGGUAGUCGGGCAUCAACCAGAACAACCAGGACUUUGUUCAGUCGUCUUUCAAAAGCUUCUGAGAAGCCAAACGAACAGUAUUCUUUAUGUCGCAUGAAUAACCAUGGCCAUAGCGGAGCGAAAAGGAGAACUGAUGAACAACAGUGCCCCACACGUGUGUAAGCUUCCUCAUAGAUAUAGUGCGUUUCAGAUAUGAAAAUAAGUGACCGUCUUUCAGCCUCGUCUUCAACUCUUUAAAUUCAAACUUUGGUAAACGUCGAUCAAAGAACAAUGAAAAACCGGUAUUAGUAUACUAAUUUUAGAAAAGGUUUCAUAAGGCAGGAAUUUCAACCGUAUUAAUAUGGAUUCUCAACUGUUAUAUUAUAUACGAAAUAGCCGAUUUUUGCCUUACUGCGGGAUGUUUGCAAAACUCUAUAAAUUUAUCUCUCUGGAGAAGAGAAACCAGCUAUAUGUACUGAUUAGUCUUGUCCAUAAAGUUAAGAAAUAUUCCUGUAUAAGGGAACGACAUUGCACUAUUGGUGAACGGUAAACGAUAUGAAAAUUAGCUUUGAAAC